AUGUGGGGAUACGGCCCUGUGAGUUGGGAUGGAAAAAAAUAUACAUUGACCGGAAGACCAGACUAUGGGAUCUGGUACGGCGAUAGGAAGAAUUUGGCGUUGAAUACUGUUGUGGUUGAAGCUAAACAUGGGGAAGUGCAACUGAGCUUAGCCGAAACCCUGGCCUAUAUGGGUGAUGGAGCGAGCGUGUUGUGGUCGCUCGUCAUCAGGACUAUGAAGGACUAUGAAAAGGUCCUGGGCAUGCUAGUCCAUUUCUUCGAAAAAGCUGCGGCCAUGUCUCUACACUCGAAAGAGUCCGGACAGGUUCAUAUUCAAGAGGGAUCUGAGAUCGCGGAGCUCCAGGACUCCUGGGAUAUGUGCUCUAUUGACUAA